CAGAAAAGGGCGUGGACAUGUGACCACCAGGAAGUUACCUGUAGAAUCUUUUAUGUUGCUUUCUGUGUACCACCUUUCCAGCUACCCCUUCAUCGGAAAGCCGCGGACCAAUAAGCCCUUCUUAAAAAGAGGUAAAGGGAGGUGGGCAAAGGCCGGUGGCAAAGAUUGGCUAUUGUAUUCCCAGGAGGGACCAAAUAGCUUUUUUUUUUAACCUGCUGAGUCAGGUGAACCGAUUCACCGUGGGACAACCGGCUUAGGGGAAAAAAAAACCCGAAGGAAAUAGUCACUUGUUCAUCCUAAAGACUAAACACAGAACGCAUCAUCCUCAGAACCCACUUGUGGACUGUCUGUAGCCCUUGCUCUGCCUCAGAGGGAGGGGAAAACUGGAGAACUUGGGAACUGCCAAAGCUAACUGGGAUCUGUUUGCUCCAGCACCAAACGAUAGACAACUAUGGCUUCCACCGUCUGGGGUGCCCCCUGGUGGGGCCCACCACCCCCAGCCCCAGCCCGGCCUCUCACAGACAUAGACUUCUGCUCUGGCGCACAGCUGCAGGAACUCACUCAGUUGAUUCAGGAGCUGGGUGUUCAGGAGAGUUGGAGUGAAGGGCCCAAGCCUGGAGCCGAUCUUCUCCGAGCCAAGGAGUUUGUCUUCUCUCUACUCGGUCUAGUUCACCGCCAGGACCCUCGUUUUCCACCCCAGGCAGAACUCUUGCUGCUUCGCGGUGGAAUUCGCGAAGGUUCCGUAGAUUUAGGGCACGCCCCCUUAGGUCCCUACUCCCGGGGACCUCAUUAUGAUGCCGGCUUUACAGUCCUUGUGCCUGUGUUUUCUCUGGAUGGCACUGGGCCCGAGCUGCUACUGGAUCUGGAAUCCUGUUCUGCAUGGCUCCGCCUUCCAGAACUGAUGCGCGGAAUUUUGGUCCGAGAGGCCUGGCUGGAUUGCCUAGGACCCCCUGUCCCAGAAGAAAGUGAUAUGACUCCCCAAACUCAGGGCAAAGAGAGUCCCACCGACCGGGGAAACUCUGUAGAUCAGUCACAUGAUUGUGUCCCUGAACCUGAGCCACAUAUGUCUUUGCAAAAAUCUAGUGACCUUUCAGGGUCCCAAUCUCCUUAUAAUGACAUCGCCAAUCUUGAAGCUCCUGAACCAUUGGAAACACCGAGUAGUGAGGCCUUGGAAACCGACGAAAGCCCAGUUCCAAAGCCGUCGGAGGCUCCAAAGGUGUGGCCCACAUUAUGCCCGACCCAAGUAGCUUCUUGGUUCUUCGUUAAGUUGGCUGAGGUUGCUGAGUCCCUGAUCCCCGUCCCAGGCGCCCCGCGGCUAGUUCAUGCAGCUCGCCACGCGGGUGUCACCACUGUCCUCCUGGCAACUCCAGAGCCCCCACGCCACCUCCUGCUCUUCGACCUGAUCCCGGUGGUGACCGUGACAGGCUGGCCCGACGCGGCUCGGAGCCACUCGUGGGCGGGUCCACUGGUCUCUGAAUCGGCCUCUUUCUACCUAGUGCCGGGCAGCCUCCCGGAGCAGCAGGGCACCUCUGGAUGGCAGUUGUGCUUCGCCCGCCAGGAGCUGGCGCUCAAAGCGCGCAUCCCCGCGCCGCUGCUUCAGGCACACGCGGCAGCCCAGGCGCUGCUGCGCCCGCUGGUGGCGGGGACCCGAGCCGCUGCGCCCUACCUCCUGCGGACCUUGCUCUACUGGGCGUGCGAGCGGCUCCCGGCACUCUACCUGGCGCGGCCGGAAAAUGCUGGCGCUUGUUGCCUUGGGCUACUGGAUGAGCUGAGCCGAGUGCUAGAGGCCGGGACGCUGCCUCAUUAUUUUUUGAGCGGCCGAAAGCUCCGUAUGGGAGACGGCUCUGCUGCUCUGCGCGGGGCAUUGGCCCAGCUUCGCGGGGACCCUGCACAGGCCUUGCGUGAGGCCGUGGAGGAAGCCAAGGUUGCCCGCAAAGGGGGCGGUUUAGCGGGGGUAGGGGGCGGGACCCAUUAAAGAGUCUACUCCUAAGGGAA